AUGCCCGGGAUAUUGGGUUGGGUUGAGCUCCCAACCUUUAAAGUAGCACUUGGAGGGGAUGGUGGAAUGCUGUGGUGGGUGGUGCUGCAGGUGGGUGGUGCUGCAGGUGGGUGGUGCUGCAGGUGGGUGGUGCUGCAGGUGGGUGGUGCUGCAGGUGGGUGGUGCUGCAGGUGGGUGGUGCUGCAGGUGGGUGGUGCUGCAGGUGGGUGGUGCUGCAGGUGGGUGGUGCUGCAGGUGGGUGGUGCUGCCGGUGGUUGGUGCUGCAGGUGGUUGGUGCUGCAGGAGGGUGGUGCUGCAGGUGGGUGGUGCUGCAGGUGGGUGGUGCUGCAGGUGGGUGGUGCUGCAGGUGGGUUGUGCUGCAGGUGGGUGGUGCUGCAGGUGGGUGGUGCUGCAGGUGGGUGGUGCUGCAGGUGGGUGGUGCUGCAGGAGGGUGGUGCUGCAGGAGGGUGGUGCUGCAGGUGGGUGGUGCUGCCGGUGGGUGGUGCUGCAGGUGGGUGGUGCUGCCGGUGGGUGGUGCUGCAGGUGGGUGGUGCUGCCGGUGGGUGGUGCUGCCGGUGGGUGGUGCUGCAGGUGGGUGGUGCUGCCGGUGGGUGGUGCUGCCGGUGGGUGGUGCUGCAGGUGGGUGGUGCUGCAGGUGGGUGGUGCUGCAGGUGGGUGGUGCUGCCGGUGGUUGGUGCUGCAGGUGGUUGGUGCUGCAGGAGGGUGGUGCUGCAGGUGGGUGGUGCUGCAGGUGGGUGGUGCUGCAGGAGGGUGCAGGCUGGGCUUGCUCUUGGAGAAGCGUGA